UAUGUGUACUCUCUUACGAUUUUUUAAUUACUGGAUAGAUAUAUGUCAUUGUAAGUUGUCUAUGGGGCACUAAAAUAUUCCGAGGCCAUAUUUGAUGUGAUAAUAAAAAGAAAACAAUCGUACACACGGAAUUGUUGCACCAGAAUAACAGAACUGAAUCAUCUUGGGUGCUUGGUUGGCUGCUGAUGUUACAGCUUGGCAGAGGAAGAUGCACUAUUACAGAUAUAAGAAUGCAGAGGUCAGCUGUUGCUACAAAUACCUCAUGUUCAGCUACAACAUUAUCUUUUGGCUAGCUGGAACGGCAUUCAUUGCAAUUGGCUUCUGGGCCUGGAGUGAAAAGGGUGUUUUAUCAGAUCUGACACAAGUUACACGUCUACAUGGUUUUGACCCAGUUUGGGGGGUGCUUGUCGUGGGCACAGUCACUUUCAUUUUGGGAUUUGCUGGGUGUGUUGGAGCUCUCAGGGAAAACAUCUGCCUCCUUAAGUUUUUCUCUGGAGUCAUUGGCUUCAUCUUCUUCCUGGAGUUGACGGCUGCGGUGUUGGCGUUUGUGUUCCAGGGCCAAGUUAGGGAGUGGAUCAAUGAUUUCUUCUUGGCCAAUGUAAGGGCCUACAGGGACGACAUUGACCUGCAGAAUCUGAUUGACUCUCUCCAGAAACUGAAUUAUUGCUGUGGUGCUAAAGACCCCAACGACUGGAAUCUAAAUGUGUAUUUUAACUGCACAACUGCUAACCCAAGCAGAGAGAGAUGUGGAGUGCCCUUUUCCUGCUGCAUCAGCGACCCUGCUGAUACAGUGGUGAACACGCAGUGUGGAUAUGAUGUUAGAAAAACUGGCAACCCGACUCAAUGGGGCCAAACCAUUUAUGUCAAAGGAUGCAUGAUGGCUUUAGAGGAGUGGCUUCCACGCAAUCUCUACAUUGUGGCUGGAGUCUUCAUAGUCAUAUCAUUGCUACAGAUGGUGGGAAUCUUCUUGGCCAGGACGCUGAUUGGAGACAUUGAAAAAGUCAAAUUUAAUUAUUACUGAGCUCUGACGUAACUUAAAGCGAGCUAAGGGCAAUGUAUGGAAAAAGAUGUGGAACUACUUUUAUUUUUCUGCGUCUUUUUUUGUGGAGAAGAGGACUCUGGAACACCUUUUCAGCAUUUCUAUUGACCACAUAUUGAAUACGUAGCUGCCUAAGCUCACUUGGAUAGUGUCACGUGUGCCUUGCCUCUUCAAGUUUACCUCCAACACAUUCCCUAUUUUUAUUUUAAAUAAUCUUUUUCUAAUCUUUUACCAUUAACCAAAAAUGUGUAUUUUUGGGACCACUAUUAACCAAGCUGGGUAUACAUAGUGGCAACAUGAUGGGACCCUAACCUGUAAACCAACCUGAAAUGUAAUCGUAAGAUGUGCAAGUUUUGAUUACUGAAAUGUAUCUAUAUGGUCAUAUUGCGUACAUUCCAAAACCUUGUGUACUUGUUUUGGGGAAGUAAAUUAGGAAUUAGUACAAAAGCACAAACUGGAACAAAUUUAAGAUGUUUUGAAGAAGCAUGUUUAUUUUUUCUUAGAUAAAAAAACAUGCAAAAGAAAAAAGACCCUCUUAUAGCAAAAAAAAAAAAAAAACGUGUGUUAGGUGGAGAACAAUUUUUAUGCAGUUUUAACUGCAGUAAAUACAUAUUUUUACAUAUAUUUUUUCAAAAUUUUGGUGAGUUUGUAAGUUAAUCUUUCUGCAGACAGAAGUUCUGCAUUUAAUGUCAACUGCAAAGAGUGCAGAAGAAAAACUUUCAGGAUCUGACCAGAAGUACUUGCAUGUAAACAGAACAUAUUGAGAAUGCAGCUGGGUAGAAAUCGAAUGUCAGUGAGUCUAAAAGUGACGUGAGCUGAUCCAUUUUGUCCUACACAAUGGAGCUAAGAUGCAUCAGUAUGUAUUCUUUAUUUUACAGUACGCAAGCUUUUUUGGUCAUUCUGUUAACUGGACCUGUGCAAAACUUUGAAUCACUUAAGUUUGAUGGUAGUCACCAUAUGGCUCAUACUGAUGUCAACAUUGCCUUGAGAUACCAACAUUUACCUCCUUUUUUCUACUCUUACUUGGUGACUUUAUACAAAAAUGCAGAUUGUGCCUUUUCUCUGGCAUUGAAGAUUUCAUAAAAUGUGUUGUAUACCAUGUUUAAGCUGGAUAGAAUCAUACCCCAUGCUUGGCCUCUUUUAUGGGUGUUCAAAGAAUAUUUACUUGUGUUUUCAGUUGAAAGUAUAACUGACUUUACAGCACAAACUAAUUCAAAUACGUAACAUUAACUAUAUUACCAUAUUCACGCUUGAAUUAGCCAAAACACAAUAUGAAUUUGUAAAUAAAUGCAAACAUCUGACUGUCUUCACUCUUUCUAAAGCCCAAAGAUUUAUCUUUUUGAAGUUCUAUCGUAGUAUACUCCUAUAAUAUUACCUCUGAAAUUCUCAUUAAUGCAAAAAGAAAAUUAUAUAAAAAAAGAAGAAAGCAUUUAGUUAAUCUUUUUAAUUCCGAGUGCACUAUUUUGUCUCUUUUUGGAGUGUCUUGUCUGUGCCACUGUGUAUUGUUAAAGCUUGAUAGAGUAUUUACUAAAAUGCAGUACAGUUUCCCUGACCUUGCUGCAAGAGCCUCCUUUUUCAUGAAGGGAUGUUUUUUUUUUUUUUGGACUUAGAUGUUAUUUGUUGUUGGAUAUUUGUUAUCUUUGUAAAUAUUUUCUGGAUUCUCUUCAGCAUUUUUAUAUUCAAUAAAAAAAAGAAAGAGUUUGAAAUUAU